CCACCCCUUUCUCUCUCUUCCUCUGCGGCUGUGUCUCCUCUGUGUCCCUCUCUCCCUCCAUCUCCCCAUUGUCCUCUGCCUGGUCCUGCAUCUCCGCCUCACUGUUCCUGUAUCACCACUUCCUUAUUUGUCAUCUCUUGGCCUCCUUUCAUCAUCACUGCUGUUAUUCUGUACGAGUGUGUUUAGAGUUGGGGCACCUCUGCCUCUUUUCUCCCUCUUCGCUUUUUUUCUCUCUCUCUGUGCCUGUGUCUGUUCUGCCUUCCCCUUCUUCCCUCUGUUUUUCUGUUUCCGCCUCUCACUUUUCCACACUCGCCUCUCCGUGAAUGUCUGUCCCUGCGCCCUGCCCCCGUGUGUUUUGUCUUUUUCUGUCUGCCUCCCUUCCCCAUCUCUAUUCCUCUCCUGCUCUUUCUCCAUCUCCCUAAAUCCUCUCUACCUCUGACUCUUCUCUCUCUGGCCUGUAUUUCUCUUCCUCUUUCUCUGCCUCUCCACCUCCAUAUGCUACUUCUCUCACAUUUUCUAGACUCUCUCUCCUCCCAUGGCAGCCCCUCUCUCUGCCUCUGUCCCUCCCUCUCUCAGACCCUCUCCCACCCCCACCCCAUCCACCCUGCCCUGGGGUCCCCCUCCCUGGAUUGCUUCCAGAUUACAACACCUUCACCUGCCAGGCAGGCGGGUUCUCAUUAACAGCUGUGACUACUUCUCUGAAUCCAACCCCCCAGCCCUCAGAAUGUUCCUCCUGCUGGCAGCACUUCAGAUCUUGGCUGUAGCCAUGGCACAGAACCAAGGGAACAAGAUAAUUGGUGGCUACAGAUGCAGCCGGAACUCCCAACCAUGGCAGGCAGCCCUACUGGCAGGCCCCUGCCGUAGUUUUCUCUGUGGAGGGUCCCUGCUGUCCGACCAAUGGGUCAUCACUGCUGCUCACUGCACUCAUCCGGUGACUCCGGGGGACCCCUGGUGUGCAGAGGAGAGCUCCAGGGCCUCGUGUCCUGGGGGAUGGAGAACUGCGCCCAGCCUGGUUACCCCGGCGUCUACACCAACCUGUGCAAGUACCAAACCUGGAUCCAGGAGACCAUACAGAGCAGAUCAUAGCCGGUGUUACAGAAUAUCACCUGCCCCCAUUCUCCCCAAGACCCAGGGAUCCUGGCCCCCAGAUCCCCCUCCCUCAGACCCACAAGUCCAGGCCCCCAGCAUCCUGAUCGUGACCCCUGGCUCGGAACUCCCCUUUCCCAGAGCACUUCCUUCAGGGGUUCUCUCUGCACCCCACAACAUCCCCGUCAUUAUUCAAGGUGCCCCUGAGACACAGAUCAGGAGCGUGAAGGCAAAGGUGCUGCACUGGCACCAUAUUCCGAAGAAGACAAUUUUCAAAACUCUUAGUGUCUGUAAAAACCAGGUAAAUACUACUAAUAAAACUUUAACCAUCCUAAAUUCCAUUCUCCAUUCAUUUAAUUCACCCAGCAGAUAUGCACACAGAGGUCCAAUGAUGCCCAGCCAGGAGCCAUGUUCCAAAGUGCAUGGUGUCCCCUGGGGGUCUGCCCCCUCACCAUCCACUGUACUUGCUGUGGCAGAAGGAAGCGCCCCAGCCUUGCACUGUGACCCAGAGCAGGACUGCCCUUCCCCCAGCCUCCUCUCAGAGUCCUGUGAGCAGGGGCUGCGGAGCUCCCGGACAGGGAGGGCGAAGACCUACCUUGUUUCCUGGAAAACACUAUGGAAGUGAAGAGAUCCCCUUUUU